AUAUGAUAAGUCACGGUAUAAGUUAAAGCACUGGAUACACUAGAACUAUUACUGCCUGGAGCAAUAAGCAUAUAUAAAUAAGGGUAAACUCGUUUAUGUGAAUUUGAAACAGAGACCAAACAAAAUAAGUAUUUACAACUCAUUUUUAUGACAGAAAAUGUAAAUGAAAGAACUUUGUAACUCAAACAUAUUAAGCUAAGAUAGUUAAACAUACUGCACAAAAGGAGAAACAACGUAAAAGUUAUUUGAAGGAGAAGAGAAUUCAUGCUACAAACAUCAAUGUGCUGAAAACCCUGUAGUUCUCCAUUAGUCUCCUUUCUGUAUUUUUUCCUUAGCUGGGAGAAAAUGUCAAAUUCAAGCUGAGGAAAACUAACAGAGAGUGGACAGGGCAGAGGAGGCUAUCAAAAGUCACCUUUUUCUUGAUAGCUUUGGCGGAGUGUUUCCGCAGGGCCAGCUGAGCUGUGUAGGUCAGAGUCUCCUCCACUGUCAGAUAACUCAACAAGUUAUCACUCUGGAAAAGAAAGAGACAAAGACAGAGAGUGAAGAUGAAAAGAAACUGCAAAGAGAUGAAGUGAGGCAGACAUAUAUCUGAUGGAUCCUUCGUACUUAUUGAGGAUUUAUCAUAAAAUCGACUCUUAAGGGCUUUUAAGUAAAAUAUGCUGCUUGAAUAAAGUACAAUCAAUUCCAUCUUUUUUUAUCUUAAUCACUGAGCCAACUACAGUAUAUUAAAAGUUAACGGCAUGAAGGCCAUGAGAUUUUCUGUAAUUAUCCACAUUGCAACAAUUUUUAACAGCAGGAGGAUUUAUCAACAGUAUCUUUGCUUAUUAUCCCUGCACAUUAGAUGUACAUCCAUACAGGACACCAAUACCACAGAAUAAUGCAUAGCUGAAUGUAUAAAUGCAAACUAACUGUAACAUACUUUAGGCCCACAAAAUUGCGGUCACACACACAUGCACACAAACACAAAUUCAUUGCUUGAACCUCCUGAACCUGCUGCCUGCUUCAAUUAACACGUUGGGCCUCCCAAUCCCACUUCCCCUCAGUCUCUCAUCUGAAUGACUUUAAUAUCAGGAGCUCAUAUCACCUCCUCAUCUACAGCUUAGCAGGGGAAGUUAAUGACGAGGCUUAGAGAGCAGAAGGGGUUGCUAUCAGCCAGAAGAGAGAGAUGAUUUGAAAGGAAGCAAGGCCGGUUUUAAGCCAGUGUUUUUAAUUCAGGCUUUGGAUACACUUGAGCACCUCUCAUUGAGAGAUUAAGUAUAUGAGGAGGCUAGCAAAGGUCUUUAGUUAAUUUCAUCCAGAGGCCAGGGCAACCUUUGCAGGAGUUUUAGCAAGAUUGAGUGUGCUCAUUGAGUUUGGUUUGGUAUUUGUGGUGGGUAGACCUCAGGCAACUGAAGUACAUACAACACACACACAUGUUAUACUGAGGGGCAAAGUUUAACCGGAUGUCAGUGUGUGAUGAGAACUGGGGCAAAGGGUAAUAUUUAUGUGUGUGUGUGUGUGUGUGUGUGUGUGUGUGUGUGUGUGUGUGUGUGUGUGAUUCUUAAAGGUCACAAAUAAGUGUUUUUUUCUGUUACCUGCAGCACAUAAGAGAAGCAGUCCUGAUACUCUUCUCUUUUCAUCUUCCUGCCGUUAACAAACACCUCACCCAACAGUGUGCCAGUGUUUACAAUUCUUCCUGAGAUGGCAUCCAGCAAAGUGGUCUUUCCUGAUCCUUCACAGUUCAAAGAUGUAGUGAUACACAUUUUAUUACAGAAAAAAAGCAUGUUUUAUCUGGUCAGAUAUUAAAGAAGAAUUUAUUGAAUCCUUCUCAGAGUCACAAGAUAUUUCGCCAAUUAUUUUAGCCAUAAAAAUAUAUUUUAAAAACUUUUCUUGUCAUUUUCUUUUCUGGUGUAUUUUUCAGAAAUAUAAUUUAUUUUACCAUACAUUCAUUAUUACAAUUAAUUAUAAGCAGUGUGCAAACCUGAAUUUCCCAGUAUGCCCAUGAUCUGCCCACUGUCAACAUGGAAGGAGACGUUACUGAGGAUCUGACGAGUCCAUCGCCUCCUGAAGGAGGGAGAUAUUGCUGACGCUGAGACUGCAGGAGGGUUCCGCUUGCUCCUCUCCAACGUCCCUCCAGACAUCUCUCUUCUCCUCCGACACAAACUUGAAUGACUCUCUGACUUUGGUCCCGUUAGGCUCCUCUGUCUGCAUGGAAUAAAAUCUGUUAUUGUCCGCGGCCAUUUUGAUCCUCAAAAACAACAAAGAGCAGCAGUGUGAGAACAGGCUGGAACCAUAAACACACAUCUCUCUUCAGUUCUCAAAUAAAACGCUGUGACCAAGUCAGAAAUGCAAUGACUGAUAGGGCAGAGCAGAGGAAGAGCUGACAUGACAUGAACCUGGACGCUUUGAGAGGGACGCUGUGUGAGGUAAAACCCUAGGAGAUCUUCAGCUGGACUGAAGUCAAACUAUCUCACAGAGUGAAGGAAGAGAAGGCAGGGGUACAGGUGAUCUACAGGGCAGAGACCUUUACAGGAAAAAGAGAGGAAUCAAGCUGGAGAAGAAAAAGGGAAUUGAUGACCUCUUGACCCCACAAGCUUUGACCAGCAUCUUGCAUCAUUAUGGACAAAGAGACUGGAUUUAAUCAUACUAACGGCUCCUCACAGCAUCCUGACACAGAGUUAUUCUCGUCUGAAGAAGACAGUAGUCUCUACUUCACCUACAGUGGAGGGUGCAAUGAGCUUGAGGUCAGCGAUCUGCACUAUGAGGUCGACACAGCAGCUCAGAUCCCCUGGUAUGAGAGGUUGUCAGAGUUCAAGUUACCAUGGGAGAUAAACGGAAACAAGCAGACAGCCAUCAACAAGCUCAGCCUUCGAGUUCGCAGUGGACAGAUGCUGGCUGUCAUCGGUAGCUCAGGCUGUGGUAAAACAUCUUUGUUGGACAUCAUAACAUGCCGUGAUGAGGGCGGCACAAUGGCAUCCGGUCAGGUUCUGAUUAACGGGAAGCCGAACACUCCCCAGCUGGUGAAGAAAAACAUCGCUCAUGUCCGCCAAGAUGACCGACUUCUUCCUCAUCUCACUGUCCGGGAAACUCUCUCUUUCGUUGCCAAACUGAGGCUCCCCACACACUUCACACAGGCUCAGAGGGACCAGAGGGUUGAUGAUGUCAUUGCAGAGCUGCGUCUGCGACAGUGUGCUCACACCAGGGUGGGAAACGACUACGUGAGAGGAGUGUCUGGAGGAGAAAGGAGAAGAGUCAGUAUAGCUGUCCAACUUCUCUGGAACCCAGGAAUCUUAAUCCUGGACGAGCCAACGUCUGGUCUGGACAGCUUCACAGCCCACAACCUGGUCAUUACACUGUCCCGCCUGGCCCGGGGAAACCGUCUAGUCCUGCUGUCAGUCCACCAACCUCGCUCAGAUAUCUUUCAGCUCUUCGACCUCGUCGUCCUGCUAUCAUCGGGUUCAGCCGUUUACUUUGGCCCUGCUCGUGACAUGGUGCCUUACUUUACUGCCCUUGGAUACCCCUGCCCACGAUACUGCAACCCAUCUGACUUCUAUGUUGAUCUGAUCAGUAUAGACCGACGCAGUCCAGAGCGGGAGGCUGAGUGUUUAGAGCGGGCCACAGUUCUGUCUCGGAAGUUCAUGGAAAAGGUCCAAGACACAGACGAUCACAUGUGGAAACCAACUGUGGUUGACUCAGCACAGACUCAAACUGAAAGCUCUCAGCAGCUGAGCAAGGUUAAAGAAGAGGAAGUCAUCACUAUUUCAGAGAAAGCAAACAGAUUACCUGGUCGUCUACAUCAAUUCACAACCCUCAUCAGGCGUCACAUGUACAAUGACUACAGAGACCUGGUCACCUUAUUGGUCCACGGCUUCGAGGCCCUCCUCAUGUCACUGCUGGUCGGUUGUCUGUACUAUGGGGCGGGAGAAAAUCGUCUGAGCAUUCAGGACACAGUGGCUCUCCUCUACAUGAUCGGUGCUCUCACUCCAUUCGCUGUGGUGCUGGACGUCAUAGCUAAAUGUCACACAGAGAGAGCGAUGCUGUACCAUGAGCUGGAGGACGGCAUGUACUCUGUCACCUCUUACUUCUUCGCCAAGAUCCUGGGAGAGUUACCGGAGCACUGUGUGUUCACCUUGGUGUACGGCCUACCCAUCUACUGGCUGGCCGGGCUGAAUGAGGCUCCCGAGCGUUUCCUGCUUAACUUCCUUCUGGUAUGGCUGAUGGUGUACUGCAGCCGUGCCAUGGCUCUGUUUGUGGCUGCCUCCCUGCCCACCCUGCAGACCUCAGCCUUCAUGGGAAACGCCGUCUUCACCGUCUUCUAUUUGACCGGCGGGUUCGUCAUCAGCCUGGAGAACAUGUGGCUCGUGGCUUCCUGGCUCUCUCACAUCUCGUUCAUGCGUUGGGGUUUUGAGGGCAUGCUGCAGGUGCAAUUCAGGGGCAACAAGUACCUCAUCACCAUCGCAAACAUCACCAUCCCUGUGGACGGCAUACAUGUGGUGGAGUCCAUGGACAUGAACCAGUACCCUCUGUACUCCUGCUAUCUGGUGCUGCUGGCAGUCAUUCUGUGCUUCAUGGGGCUUUAUUACAUAUCCCUCAGAUUCAUCAAACAGAAGUCCAGUCAGGACUGGUGAACUCAUUUGGAGGAGUCUCCAAUAAUUGGGGUUCUACUUAGAGCAAGUGUUUUAUUUUGUAACAUUUGAAGGAAGUAAUCUGGGCUCUAGUUCGACUGGUUCGACACCGAGCCGUGCUUUGCGUUGUGAUUUUAAUAGAAUAUUCUUAUAAUUCUUAUAAUAAUUUCUACAUCAGAAAACUCCUGCACUAUUUCUAAAGGCAGACUGAACUACCCUGAUACUGCAGCAGGGUAUACAAGUUCAUGAUGUGUGAAGUAAAUUCAACACAUGCACAUUUAGUUUGAAUAUGGGAUUAAUUGAAAUUUGAUUGAGAAGCACUUAUUGCAGUACCUCUGUCUGCUGCUGGGUGGCAGCAGAGCACUGCAGUAUUAAAAAAAAGGUUGUAUUUCUUUCUUCUCUGCUACUUCUUGGUAACUGAUUAGAGCCCCACUUUGGCAGAUAUCCAUCUGCAGCUUUUGCAUGUUCCCUUUUUCAAUCUUCUUUUUUUUUCUACAGCUUUAUCUUUUUGUAUAUGUAAGGUUAUUAAGCUUAACAAUGUGUGUGCCAGUAUAGGAAGCACUGAAAAAAGAGCCUAAUGGAGAUUUAGUAAGUCACACUCAGAAAAAAAGAAAGAGCUUGUACUCGUGUCCUCAUAGAUUGAAGAUUAUGUAAGCUGUGUGUUUUUUGCGCUGGUGCAAAAGCCUGAUAAAUGUUUUACUGACAUGGUUUGAGUUCAAAUUAGUGAAGUAUUAAAUCAAAUUGCUCCCCUUGAA